CGGCGGCGGCGGCCACCGGUUGUGGAGGCGGCGAUGUCGUACAUGCGAGGCGACCUGCUGACCAAGACGCGGAAGCUGGUGAAGGGGCUGGCCAAGCCCGCCCCGGCCUGGCUCAAGGCCAUGGAGCAGGCGCCUCCAGUCGUAUUCCCUCGCACUGAUGGGGAGAUCAAGAAGAUAGAAUUGCCAGAGGACGUUUAUGUGAAGAAGUUCUUCAGAAAGCAUCCAGAUUCACUCUACCAUGAUGCAGUCAAGAUAAGCGGGUUUGCUCCACCACCAGCAAGAGUUUUUGCUUGGCGUGUCUUAGAGUUGAAAGAGCAGGGAGUCAAUGAAGAAGAUGCAAUGGCUGUAGCAGAUAUGGAAUAUGGAGCAGAGAAGAAAGCAAAGAAGCAAGCAUACAAGGAACUGAAACAAAUUGCACGAAGGGAAGGAAAGGCUCCACCUCCAAAUCCAUAUCCAAGUGCUAUCAAGGAAAUACAGGCAGAGGAAAAGAAGUAUGUUAAGGACCGUUUCUAUAACCCCAAGGUACUUGAGAUCGUGAAUAAGAUGAAAUUGGACAGACAGAUGUUUCUCCAAGAUAGAGCAUCAGCAUCAGGUGACGGACAAUAACUGGUUGUAUGGACUAGCCAACUAGUUGAUGUUGCUUGUGAAAUCAACCAACUGAUAUUUAAACUUCCUUGUAUUAAUUUGUCUUGUAAAAAUAAGUGCACGUUCAGAAGUUAGUGAACAAAAAAUAACUCGUAACGGUUAGAAACAUGUUUUUUGAGAUAGAGCAUUAUUUC